AUGUGGUGCAGCGUGCCGAAAAUCCUUUUGGGAUUGCUGUCAAUUGGGGCAUGGAUCGACGGUGUCGAAGCCUUCUCUUGGGGAGGUGUCGAAAGGAGAGCAGACACCCCCCGGUCUGUGGAGGAACAUUUGGUCAACCCCUCGGUUGUAGUUCACGACGCAUCACGCUUGCCGAAUGUCUACGCCGUCGCCAUGCAGGAGCUCCAAGAACUCGAGUCGGAACCUCUCUGCCAUCGAAUCGCUGCUCGACUCCUGGUCAACAAUUGCCAGCUGUUGGAAGGCAAAGACGACGCCACCGUUCUCACCGACAGCGGCAGACAAAUUCGUGACUUUGUGGACUCCUAUGCCGCCAGUCUUGCUAUCUGUGAUCUGGAGAGAGGCAGUUUCGUCAUUCCGUCUGGAUGUGCGCCGUUCAGAGAACGUGCUCUAGCUAAUCUACCGACCUCCAAAGUUGCUCAGCUUCACGUCUCACCUCGGCAGAUAGAUUCGUGUCUCUCGGGGUUAGCCAAGUCCGACUCUGCGUGGAACACUUGGGUGAGCUACCGUCAUAAGGCUCUCAGAUUCUGCGAGGCUGCUCGCGUAGAUAAUGACAAAGCACAGAGCAUUCGUCUAUAUCAACGUCUCACCGAAGUACUCUCCAAACUGUCUGAGGGAGUUGAACAAGAGCUUGAAGCCCACCUACAUGCGAUCAAUCUGAGAGCAGCCGAGACUACAGAGCAGCUCCGCCAAAUGAACCCAGACAUCGAUCAGUUGCGAAACAGCUUACAAGACCUGGACAGAUUUGUUUCUCAGGACGUGAUGCAGAUAGUACAGGCAUCUAAUUCUGCGAUGCGAGGCGGCCUCGAGGAUGCCCAGAACCUGCAACAGCUGCUGACGGUGCUCCUCAAAACGGUCCUUAGCAGCAACGCCGAGGUUGCAGCAUCGCAUGAUCUGGCACUGACAGACUUCAAAGAACGAACUGGGAAUGAGGUCGCGGCGGUCAUGGCUGCUCUCGCAACAGCUAUAGCAUCGUCUACAUCCCUUCAUGGCCAGUUGGAACUAUCCCACAUUCGAGCUAUUGAAUUAUCUGAUCGGCAAGAUAGUCUUGAGAAGGGAUUGGAGAAACUAUUAGACAUUACCGAUGACAUUUCCUCGAAAUACGAAUCCCACUCUGAUAAGCUUUCACACGUGAACCAGAUUUCAGAAGACCUGCUGGAUACACUUGACAAUAUGGCUUCAUCGACAUCAGAAGUUCGCGGUUCUUUCCAUCGACCGGGUUGGACAAGUUGGAUGCCAUAUGUGGCGUGCCCAGCCGCGUCUUUGCUCAUGGGAUCUUACGGUCUUCCGCCAUCAGCAGUGAGAAACCUCGGGCUCAUUGCGCUCGGCGAACUCGCUGGCUUUGUCGUCGCGCCAGAGGAGAACUUCACCAAGGCAGAGACUUACAUCCGCACUGCCGUUUCCAAGGGCUGUUCGCUAGCCGUGCUGCCCGAGUACCAUCUUACAUCAUGGGUCCCCGACCACCCUCAGUUCGUAUCCGCCUGCGCGCAGUCCUGGACGUACCUUGAACGAUAUCAGGCCCUGGCCAAGGAACUAGGCGUGUCCAUCGUGCCGGGGACCAUUGUGGAGCCGGACGGCGAGGAGGGGGCAGACGACCUGGACCUUUUGAACGUUGCAUAUUUCAUCGGUCCCGACGGCGCCGUGCUGGGGCGGUACCAGAAGAAGAACCUGUGGCACAACGAGAGGCCACACCUGACAAAGGGCCCCGAACCGCACGGCGCUUUUGAUACGCCGCUGGGGCGGGCAGGCAUGCUGGUGUGCUGGGACCUGGCGUUCCCCGAGGCAUUUAGGGAGCUCAUCCGCGACGGGGCGAGGAUCAUUGUCUGUCCCGCCUUUUGGCUCGCCGACGAGUACAAGCGCGACAACGGGGCGGGGAACGGCGCGACAGAGGUGGUGAACCGGGACUCGGAGCGGGUUUUCUUGGAGAACGUCAUGGUGACGAGGGCGUUUGAGAACACGGCGGCCGUGGUCCUCGUCAACGCGGGCGGGCCCGCGGGCGGAGGCGGGGUGGAGGUUCGGGAGGAGGGCGGGGCCAGGGUCCGGUACUGCGGCGUCAGUCAGGUUGCGAUGCCGCUUGUCGGCGCGCUUGGAAAGCUGGGUGCCGAGGAGGCGAUGGAGAUUGUCGAGGUCGACUUGGGGCUGUUGGAUGUUGCUGAGGGGGCGUAUAAGGUGAGGGAGGAUAUGAGGAAAGAAGGGUGGCAUUAUGGGUACUCGAUUGUGAAGGAAUAAGGCGACGAUCUCAAGACGACAGUGUACGGUUCACAGGACAUUUAAUAUAGAUGGCAGAGAUAUAUUGGCUCAAGAUGUGGUCAUGAUGAAUGGUUUUGGUUGCAAAAAGUCUGGUACUAAUGGCAC